AUGCCAUUGACCAAAGUUACCCCCCGGAAACCCGGCCUUCUGUGUUCCAUUUGCCUUUGUCGACUCCCUUCACAAGAGGAAUGGAAAGAGCAUCUCCUUGCAUGCGCCACUGAUGACAUGAAUAAACGAAAGUUCGAGUGCAACCAGUGUGACAAGGCAUUUGCUAAGCAUUCCCUUCUAAUGAGACACCAGAAGAGGUUACAUUCAACUACUGGUUUGCAAGGUGGAGAACAACAUGUACCAUUGAACUCCAAAUCCGUUGUUGUAGAUAACCAUGAAGAUGAUUCUGACUGGCAAGAAGACCCAGGAGAUCUUAUUUAUGAGACAGGCCUUGAAGUUGGUAGAACCAUCAGGAAGAAAACGUCGCCCAGUCUCCCUGGAGUCAAGCGCAAGGCAGACGAACUUGUAGACAAGGUGCCAGGCCAAUCUGCAGACAAAGAUUCAAGCAUGGUGGAUGAUGGUAAGGAUCAUGAGGCGCCCAUGGCUUUACAUCACUGCCCCUGCUGUAGGGAACAUGUUACUAGGUUGGAUGCCAGCACUCAGACGGACACAAGUCGUCACCAGAAGACAGUCAGAGUUGUAAGAAAAUACCAAAAGGAUGGUGAAUGUGUGGAGAGAGUUGAGGAAGACAUUUGGCAUGACUAA